AUGAAGAGCAGGAGGGCACUGGUUGCCUGGGCCGUUUCAGGAGAAGAUUCGGACAGGAAGUUGGUGUGGGACUCCGGAGAGUGGACUGAGCUUCAAGAAGGUAUUGAGGCUGAACUGGAACGUCCCCUAUGCAAAAGCAAAAAGCUACCCCGAAGAAAUGAAGGCGUCCGAGUCGGUGCCUUAUCUUUCGUUGGGCUCUUCAGUUUCUUGCUACUUCGUUACAUGCCUGCUUUAGUUGGCACAUAUCAUUUUAUCAGUUGCCAUGCAUUAUGUGAUAUGACGGAGUCGGAGAACGGAGGGCUUCUGUACACUGAUUGGAGACCUUGCAAGACUCCUAGACGUCCACUAAUGUCGUCGACCAGGCGAGCAGUUUCGAAAACGCAUGCUGUACAGCCUUUAAGCUUUCCUCUUGAUCGAUGGCAAUGGUAA